ACCAGUGGACCGUAGCGUCAGCUAGGAGGCUCGGCACUAAGCUAACAGCUAACCGCGUAGGUUUUAGGAGUUAAAACAGAGAAUAAAUGCCACUGAAAAGAAGAGGUGCGCUGCAGCUCGCACAGAGGGAAGUGGAUGACAUUGAAAAGCAGGUUGACAGGCUGGUGAAGGAUGUACGGAAUCAAGUCACAACCAUUGAAGAUGCAUCUAGAAAAUGUCAGGAACUGCAGAGCUUGGCAGAGAAGACACAAAAUACACUGAAAAAACUCACAAAGGCAGAUGAGCUGGCUCCGGUGGGUAACUAUGAUCAGAGGAAACAGGAAGAGGAAACACGACUGCAAAGCAUCUUGGAGUGUUUGAACAACCUCUCUCUGGAGCUUUCACCACCAGGACCCAGUACCACAGCAGGUGAUGUUUCAAAAGAAGAGAGUGAGACUGGAGGUGAUGAUGAUGAUGAUGAUGAUGAUGAAGAAAGUAGUGACGACGACAGUAGUGAAGAUGAUGAUGAUGAUGAUGAUGAAAAAGAGAAGAGAGCAGUGAAGCCGCCGUCUCAUUCAGACCAGCACAUCUACACCGUCCUGAGUGACUUUAAAGGAGAGGAGGAGGGAGACCUCUCUGUGCGGCAGGGACAAGUACUGAGUAUAAUCAGGAAGACGAGAGACGGAUGGUGGCUGGCUGAAGACGCCAAAGGCAACAGAGGAGUCGUUCCAAAAAACUUCCUGCAGAUCGGCUCCGGUGACAAGAACAAUGAAGAUGAAGACGAUGGAACCGAUGAUGAUGAUGAUGAGGAAUCGGAUGAAGAGGACCUGCAGGACAGUGAGGAAGUCAUCCAUGACCAGGACAGUAAGAGCGCUUCACAUGGAAACUGGUCCACGGUCAGAAAGGCCUUGACUGAGAUUGAUGCGACAGAUGUGCUGUCUGCCAUGGGGGCCAUACCGUCAGGAUUCAGACCGUCAGCUCUCAAUAAACUUCUGCUGGAGGAAGGUGAAAAAUACAGAGGAAGCCACUACAUCCAGCCGGAGCUCAGUCAGUCGCAGCUCUCUUUUAAAGACCUCUUCCUUGACGCCGACACGGGCAGGGUUCGUGCGCGGCAGGUCAGGAUCUGUGUUUGCUUUACGCUGUGGAACUGCACGAUGAUUCCCACUCCGGGGGUCGGAGUUCAGGUGCUGAGCAGACACAUCCGACUCUGUGCCUUCGAUGGGACUCAGGUUUUGAGUAACAUCCACACUGUGAGAGCAGCCUACAACUCCAAGAGCCCAAAGACCUGGAGCUUCUCCCCGCGGAUGACCGGCAUGCUGCCCACCUUAAUGAACGGAGACUGUUUCUUACGCUGCAGCUCUGCAGCUCCUAACCUCGGCGUCCUCUUUGAACUUGGAGUCACUUUCAUAAGAAAUUCUACAGGUGAGAGAGGAGACCUGAGCUGUGGGUGGGCUUUCCUGAAACUGACUGAUGAUGCAGGAAAUCCGCUUCCAAACAGGACUUACGAUCUCCCGGUGAACGGAGGCACUCCCUAUGAGGAGGAUGUGCCAGUGGAGCCAACAAUAACCAGAGGAUCCCCAGGAGGAGUUCUCCAGCAGAUGCUCCAGGCCAGGCGGCAGCCCAAACUGACCGUAAAGCUCAAAUCAACCAACAGCCAGACCAGAACACAGCUGAAUCUUCUUCCAGAUACUCUGCUACACUGUCUGAGCUGCGUCCACCUGCUGGCCUUCCACAGGCAGCUGCUGGCGGACACUCUGCUGAUGGACAGGCCUACCAUGCAGAAUGCAGAUCCAAUCUGCAGCCCGAUCCUUUCAACCUUUCCUGUGCUGCUCGAACAAACAGACCUCCUGGAUGCACUCAGGAGUGCCUGGAUGGACGCCAUGGCCAGCAUGAGCAGAGCACAGAAGAGAGACUCGUCGUUUCUGAAACACCAGUUUGCUGAGGUGUACAUGUCGUCCGUGUAUUUCCUGCUGCACUCCCCCUCGCUGCCCCGCCACCGCUGGGCCGACCCGCCGUCCGAGGAGCAGCGCGCCCGGGUCAUCUACGCCACCCUGGACGCCCUGAAGAGCCAGCGGCGCUCCGCAGGCCCAGCAGGAGGCCUGGAGGUCUUCACCAGCCCCUCACACUCACAUCUUGCUUUUGACAUGACCGAGUUGACCUUUGACCUUCUCCGUAUUGGGCGGUGACAGCAACAUCCACCGCAUCCGGACACAGAAGCCAUUUGAGAACUUUAACAUAUAUAGUUUCUUUUUUAAUAGAGUUAUACAU